CGUCAUACCUCUCUUGGCUUAUGGGGCGUGGCCGCCUCGACUGACAAUCUCUCCAUCCACCAUAGUGACCAUAACUGCCCACGAAAUUCGUUGUCUUUCCAUUCCACACACCAGUCUAUACAACAGCGGCUUUUUGACCGACCCCUGCCUGACCGGCCACCUAGUCAGUUGAAGAGUCUACAGAAUCUUCAUCAUGUCGUAAUGGAGGAAGAGCCAGAUCAUUUAGCGAAAUGUUCCGAACUUCAACCUUUUCAUCGAGCCCAACUCGAACCACCAAAUUCUCUUCAAUUACAGAAGCCUGUUGGUGUAACGGUACGAAAGUCCCAGUCACCAAGCGAUAAACAAACUAAACGAGUUGUCAACACGGUGACUCAGGCUAUCUUCGAAACCGGUUUGCGCAUGCCGCAUAGUCCUGGGGAGCUGACUCAUAGAAUUUCCUUACAAAGUAAUUCGUUGUUGCAGCACCACCUUUCGUCACUGUUAGAUCCUUGCCUAGCUUUGUUUGUCCCUGCUAACGAUAUCUUCAGCGAUCUAUUCUCUUUUUUGAACAUUGCCUUGCGUCCAAAGCCGCUUGGACUGAGCCAGACCUUACAUAGUUUCUCCAAUCAGACUCAAGUUAUUCAAAAUCAGUGUAUAUCGAUCGAAGAGCUUGCCCAAUCCUAUCCGACUCUGUCACUUCCACAUUCGAAUGCGGCCAUAAGCUGUCUGCCUCGGCCUCCACUUUGUCUUAAGUACACUUAUCCUCUCUAUCUCCUGUCUCGAUCGAUAUGGACAUGA